CAAGACCGUGUCGUUCCUGAAGCAGUAAUGCCUAUUAAGGUCAACGAGAUCACCUGGUGAUAAUUAUGCAGACUCUAAAUACGGCGUAGGGUCUGAAUGGGCCCAAGACUCUCAUCGAGCAGAGAUAAAGAACAAAAGCAAUAUCCUGGCUAUGGGAUCAUUCUUGUACCAACGACUUCCGAGGACGCAGAUUGAACAGACACGACAUUUGGUAUUUGUCCAAGUAUUCUUGUUCGAACACAAUAUCGCUGUGCAAACGUUUCGCCUCGGAACUCACAGAAGAUCAACUGGGUCUUGCUGAAGACCACCAGGACCCAUAUUUUGCACCGUUAUCAGCAACACCCUGGCACCAGUCAAAUGGUGGCUCGUGUUUGAUUGUUGUUGAUUCGUCCGUUGGACUUCGAUCUCUGGAAGCAGAUCUGCCGCGGAUUUGCUGGUCUAAUUGUACGUCCAUACUCACAACGAGCCCAAGUUGGGCUAUGCCCCCCGGAGAAAGCACACAAACAUCGUAUCAGUCCCAAGCCUGUGGUCAGCCACGCCGAGGGUACGUGGACAAAGCGAGUGCUUACUCGUUGUCGGUCUACAUAUAUGUACCCGCUUCUCAACCUACCUUUCAUCAAUAGUUGAUAUUCAUCGUCCAUUCGACAUCUUCCAGAAAGAGGACAACAUCGACCUACAGUCCCGAAACCUCAUCUUCGAGUGUCCAUUCCAGCAUACUGACACUCGGUGAUUCGGUAUCCUUUCAUCAUGCGCCUCGCCACACUAUUUCAGGCACCGGAGGUCAACCCUAUCACCCACAAGGCACGAUCCAUUCCACUUUUCAACGUCAUCAACCUAUAUGGUCGGGUUUUCUUCUUUUCAUGGUUCGGUUUCUUUGUCGCUUUCUGGAGUUGGUAUGCGUUCCCACCGUUGUUGCACGAUACCAUUCAAAAGGACCUCCACCUGACCAAGACCGACGUGUCCAAUUCGAACAUCAUCGCCCUUUGCGCCACACUCUUGGUGCGCCUCAUUGCCGGACCUUGCUGUGAUAGAUACGGCCCACGAUACACAUUUGCCGGAUGUCUCCUGAUCGGCGCCAUCCCUACCUUCCUCUCAGGGACCGCAUAUAACAAGGGCCAACUCUUCGCGCUACGAUUCUUCAUCGGUAUCCUCGGUGGUAGCUUCGUGCCAUGCCAAGUAUGGUCGACGGGCUUCUUUGACAAGAACGUCGUAGGCACGGCCAACGCCAUUGCCGCUGGCUGGGGCAAUGCCGGCGGCGGCGUUACAUAUUUCUUGAUGCCAUCCAUCUAUGACUCCCUGCUCGAUCGAGGGUUGACUCCUCACACAGCGUGGCGAGUCGCCUUUGUCGUCCCGGGUAUCGUCAUCGUCUUCACGGCUCUGUGCAUCCUCUUCCUCUGUCAAGACACCCCGGAUGGCAAAUGGAGUGAGCGGCACGAUGUCGCUCGAGCCAACCUCGCGGCUCACGGCGUCCAGACCACACUGCUCGUCGACGCCCCCAGAGCCGGCAUCAUGGACAGGCCCACCUACUACCCUUCUCCAGACGGCGCUUCCUCACCGCAGCCGUCCGUGCUCGAGACCGGAACAGGUGAGAAAAAGCUGCAAUUCGACGACGACGCCACGGGUGAACGACAACGCAAGCCAGAGUCCCAGCAGUUCGCGGACCACGAGGCCCAGAUGACGGAACAGCAAAUGCCCGACACCGCGCGGGGCGAGGUCGUUGUCCAGCCCACACCCAAGGAAAUCGUGACCGUCAUGUUCUCCCCCCAGACGUUGGUGCUGGCGUUUUGUUACUUUUGCAGCUUCGGCGGAGAGUUGGCCAUCAACAGUAUCUUGGGCAACUAUUAUCAAAAGAAUUUCAAAUCUCUGGGUCAGACGACCUCGGGAAGGUGGGCAGCAAUGUUUGGUCUGUUGAACAUCGUGUUCCGACCUUUGGGCGGUGUCAUCGCGGACUUGCUGUUCCGGAAGACCUGCUCAGGCCACGGGCAACGAAGCGUCUGGGUCAAAAAGGUCUGGAUCCACCUGCUCGGGAUCGUCACGGGUGUCUUUUUGAUCGUCAUCGGUGUUUUGGACCCCCACGACCAGAGCACAAUGUUCGGGUUGAUGGCCGGUAUGGCUUUUUUUCUGGAAGGUGGCAACGGGGCCAACUUCGCCUUGGUCCCUCACGUCAUCCCUUCCGCCAACGGGGUGGUGAGUGGUAUGACCGGGGCCAUGGGCAAUUUUGGAGGAGUGAUUUUCGCCAUCAUCUUCAGGUAUCAUCCCAACAGUUACGCGAAAUCUUUUUGGAUCAUCGGGGUGAUUACGAUAGCCUUGAACGUGGCAUUGUGUUGGAUCCCACCGGUUGCAAAAAAACAAAUCGGUGGGAGAUGAACGGUAUUACUAUUUUGUUAUUAUUUGCAUAGACGGGACGAGAAUCAGAACUAGAAUGAGAACUAGUA